CAUGAAGUGCAGAUGCUGGUGCUGAAGUCGAGAACAGUUGACCGUCUGAAAGUAAGCAUAGUGACGCGCACUGGAUUUUCAGUUUGGCAUCACUAAGCGCUUUCCUGACGCACAGGCCUCCUUCAGAAGAUAAAGCAGUAAAGUACAGCAAAGCAGGAUGCCGAAGCCUCUGACAGACCAAGAGAAAAGGAAGCAAAUUUCCGUGCGAGGGCUGGCCGGAGUUGAAAAUGUUGCGGAUCUCAAGACAAAUUUUAACCGUCAUCUGCACUUCACGCUGGUGAAAGAUCGUAAUGUGGCCACCAGACGCGACUACUAUUUCGCACUGGCCCACACGGUUCGCGACCACCUCGUCGGAAGAUGGAUCCGUACGCAGCAGCAUUACUACGAGAAAGACCCCAAACGCGUGUACUACCUCUCCCUGGAGUUCUACAUGGGGCGCACGCUUCAGAACACCAUGGUGAACCUGGCACUGGAGAACGCCUGUGACGAGGCCAUCUACCAGCUCGGCCUGGACAUGGAAGAGCUUCAGGAAAUGGAGGAGGACGCCGGUCUGGGAAAUGGUGGCCUUGGCCGUCUUGCAGCAUGCUUCCUGGACUCCAUGGCGUCUCUGGGUCUUGCUGCCUAUGGAUACGGCAUCCGCUACGAGUUUGGCAUCUUCAACCAGAAGAUUUCUGAUGGCUGGCAGAUCGAGGAGGCUGAUGAUUGGCUGCGCUACGGCAACCCAUGGGAGAAGGCCCGCCCUGAGUACAUGCGGCCGGUGCACUUUUACGGUCGAACGGAGCACCACCCUGAAGGAGUGAAAUGGGUCGACACACAGGUUGUGCUGGCGUUGCCCUACGACACUCCGGUUCCUGGUUACAGGAACAACAUUGUGAACACCAUGAGACUGUGGUCAGCUAAAGCCCCCUGUGACUUCAACCUGAAGGACUUUAAUGUCGGUGGCUACAUUCAGGCUGUGCUGGACCGGAAUCUGGCAGAGAACAUCUCCCGUGUCCUCUAUCCCAAUGACAAUUUCUUUGAGGGCAAGGAAUUGCGUCUGAAGCAGGAGUACUUUGUAGUUGCUGCCACUCUUCAAGACAUCAUCCGCCGAUUCAAAGCCUCCAAGUUUGGCUCCACCGAGGUUGUGCGCGUGGAUCUGACCACCCUCCCCGACAAGGUGGCCAUCCAACUCAAUGACACACAUCCUGCCAUGGCCAUCCCAGAACUCAUGAGGAUCCUCCUGGACGAUGAGAAACUGGACUGGGACAUGGCCUGGGAUAUCUGCGUGCGCACCUGUGCCUACACCAACCACACUGUUCUCCCAGAGGCUCUGGAGCGCUGGCCUAUUGACCUCUUCCAGAACCUUCUGCCACGCCACCUGGAGAUCAUCUACGAGAUCAACCGGCGCCACAUGGAGCGCAUAGCCUCACUGUACCCCGGCGAUUUGGACCGGAUGCGGCGCAUGUCCCUGGUCGAGGAGGGCGACCAGAAGAAGAUCAACAUGGCUCACCUCUGCAUCGUGGGCUCCCACGCCGUCAACGGAGUCGCCCGGAUCCACUCCGACAUCAUCAAAGCCUCUAUUUUCAAGGAUUUCUACGAAGUUGACCCCCAGAAGUUUCAGAACAAGACUAACGGCAUUACCCCCCGCCGCUGGCUGGUCAUGUGCAACCCUGGACUCGCUGAGGUCAUCGCAGAGAGAAUCGGUGAGGACUACAUUCGUGAUCUGGACCAGCUGAAACUGCUGCGGAAGUUUGUGGAUGAUGACGCUUUCCUCCGUGAUGUAGCCAAAAUUAAGCAGGAGAAUAAGAUGAAGUUCGCCGUCCACCUUGAGGAACACUACAAGGUGAAGAUCAACCCCAACUCCAUGUUUGACAUCCACGUGAAGAGAAUCCACGAGUACAAGCGUCAGCUGCUCAACUGUCUCCACAUCAUCACCCUCUACAAUCGCAUAAAGAAGGAACCCAACAAGGUGUGGACCCCUAGGACAGUCAUGAUUGGAGGAAAGGCUGCUCCUGGCUACCACACCGCUAAGAAGAUCAUUCGCCUCAUCACAGCCAUCGGUGAGGUGAUCAACCACGACCCUGUGAUUGGUGACCGUCUCAAGGUCAUCUUCCUGGAGAACUACCGUGUCACCUUGGCUGAGAAAGCCAUCCCUGCUGCUGACCUGUCGGAGCAGAUCUCCACCGCGGGCACAGAGGCGUCCGGCACCGGCAACAUGAAGUUCAUGCUGAACGGCGCCCUCACCAUCGGAACCAUGGACGGAGCGAACGUGGAGAUGGCCGAGGAGGCGGGCGAGGAGAACCUCUUUAUCUUCGGCAUGAGGGUGGAGGACGUGGAGGCCAUGGACAAGAAGGGAUACAAUGCAAAUGAGUACUACAACCGCAUUCCGGAACUGAAGCAGGCUAUGGAUCAGAUUGCUGGUGGCCACUUCAGCCCUAGUGAACCCGAACUCUUCAAGGAUCUGGUCAACAUGCUCAUGAACUAUGACAGGUUUAAGGUCUUUGCUGACUACGAAGACUACAUCAAAUGCCAGGAUAAAGUCAGUGCUUUGUACAAGAACACUAAGGAGUGGACAAAGAAGGUGGUGCUCAACAUUGCCGGCUGUGGCAAGUUCUCCAGUGACCGCACCAUCGCCCAGUACGCCCGCGAGAUCUGGGGAGUGGAACCCACCUUGGAGAAGAUCCCCGCCCCUGAUGACUAGAUCCACCCGUAUACCUGUAUCAGUCUAACUCACCUCACCCCACCUAACCUAACCUACAGUAAACCCACUCAAAGAAAAGGGCAUAGUGUUAGCAUAACAACCUAUACACUGCACUAAGAAAGCUUCUCAUCCAUAAGCUAUUGUCCCCCUCAUAGUGAUGAAUUGAUCUGUAUAUAACAGUGUUUGGUGUAGUUGAUGAUGAUUAGUGAAUGUAGCGAAAACCCCACUGUUUUCCGGUAGCCGGUUUACAGGCGUAUAGCAAACUUCCUGCGUAACACGUUUUGGUAAUCUGUAGGAGUAGGUGUGCUUACUUAAUGUAAACACUGUUCAGCACAGUGCACUCGAUGUGGACCAGUAUGUGAUUGUGUCCGCCCACUAGUGCAAACCUAUUCGACUAAUUCUCCUCGACGACCACUUUCAGUCAGCCUUCCCUCGAUCACCAGCAACUUUCCCUCUGUAGAUUAGCACUGGUCAAAUUCUUGACCACAAAGUUCACCCAGGAUAACGAUCAAGCAUGGCAAUGUCUUCCUUAUGAUACCAGACAACUAUGAAACACACACAGUAGCCUUUUAUAUUAGAUUCAGUCGCUGUGGCACACAUAUACACUGUGAAGUUACCUAAAGACAAACACACUCUGUUUGUGUUCGGUAAUGAGACUGAGAGUUAGAUCAUGUUGACUUUAGUUUUCAUCGGCUACGUCAUAUCCCCAGCACGGUGUUUUGUUUUGGGUGCAGUUACGUUUUAGCCCACGUAUUCCAGGCCCAACGGUCCGACUCCUAAAACCUUUCCCAUGACAUCACAAAUUCUAGACGUGUUUUUUGGUGCUUGUAGAGUAUUUCCCAUGUGUUUGUUUGUUUGUGUGUUUGUUUUGUGCAGUGUUGGUUACAGGGGCUGCAGCAUCCAGUCCCCCUUGGUAAACAAAACGACUCAUCCUCCUGCCUUGAUGGUGCUUCUGUUGUUGUCAGGCUCAGCUAACGUUUAGUCUGGUACUUCCUCACUGGUAAAGAUGUCCGCUGUCUCUGUCUGUCGUGCCGCUGCUUCUGAAUUACAGGUGUCUGCUUUGUGGAAACUCUCGUUCUCUCACUCUCCUCCUCUCACAGCCAAGCCAAGCAACGCAACGCUGACUGAAUCUAUCCUCUGAUACAAUGCUGCCUUCUCUUCUCCUACACUCUCUCUGCCUCACAGCCUCUCUCAAGACUACUGCCUUAACUCAGUUCUGUGUGUGUGUGUGUGUGUGUGUGUGUGUGUGUGAUCACUCCAACCCAUGAUCUCCCGUUGAUCUCAGUGUAUGCCUGCAGGGGUGAAAAAAACAAAGCUUUGCUUGAUGUAACAAAACAAAUUUUAAAAGCAUGAUUGUGGCCAUAGGACUUCUGGUUGCGCUUGUAUUGUGUCUGUAAGUAAAAUUUAAAGAUGACUUUACAACUAAACUUUUAAUGGACAUGAACAAGUAGGCAUACGCUAGGAAGGGACAGGCCAAACAGAUUGACCAAUGAUUGUACCUUGGUUUGGACUUUUGAGGAGAAGUAAUUUAAAGUAACCUUAGGUACAAUGACACAAAUUGAUACAAGUCACUAUCGUUCCUAAAACAUAAAUCAUGUUUUAACAGCUUGGACUUGUAUAAGAAGUACACUUUACUAAUAAGUCAUCAAUUAGGCAAGUAUAUUGUACCUAUACGGCUGAUUAACGUAUAAAGUGUAUCUGUUGUCCUGUUGUCCUUCCAAUAUCCGAAUGUUAUUGUCCCCACGGUAACUGCUGAAGCCAGUCACAGCAUAGCGCAUGUGAUAUCCUACUGAUAACCUUAGGAAAGCAGCAAAAACAAAUAAAGGAAAUGAAGUCUACUGAAA